UGGCGCAAGCUGCCAGCUCUCGACCGCCGACGCCGCUGCCACUGCCACUGCCAUGGACGUCGCGCUCAAGACGGUUUUACUUUUGGUGACGGCAACGGUGACAUUCGGGAAGGCGGAAUACCGGCUGGCAGUGCGUCCACACUACAAGUGGAGCGGAGCCGGCACGGCCACGGCCAGCGCCGCAGGUCCGCGCAUCGCGCUGCUUCGCGGGCCGCCGCUGUCUGCCCGCCCGCCCCCGCAUCAGCACGUGCACGCGCCGCUGCCACUGUCUCUGCCGCACCACCACCACCACCAACACCACCACCACCAACUGCAGCACCAGCACCACGUGCAUGCCCCCGCCGCGCUGCCCCCAGCCAGGCUGCGGCGCCCCGUCGUGGCGUCAGACGUCGCCCACGGCUCGCCGCCUCGGCUGGCGCUACGCCCGCCACCCCACGUCGAACUCUCCGCCUCCACGUGGGACGACACCGCCUUCCGUGCUCCACUGCAUAUGGAGCCCUUCAACCCGUCGCCUCCUCCUGCGCCGCAACGCCCACCCGUCGUCACAACCAGCUCCGACGACGACAAAGGUCCGAUACACACGAUACCUGCCCCAAAUCUGAGCCUCGACAAGCCUCACAGGCUGCCGGCGGCUACUGUCUACGGUAAAGCGCCGGAGCACAGCUUACCACCAUUGAAGCCGACUUUCCCUUCAGUGUUCCACAGUGGGUUGCAUCUUCCGACGUCACACUCCCACUUCGGAGCGACUACUGUCAGUGUCCAGCCCAGUCACGGCUACGAAGUCCACGAGCCUACAAACGAUCAGGCGGGUUACAAUGUGGAAGGCUUGCCCACGUACUUUGCUCCGGAUCCCGACCCGAGCCUGCCGAGUCCCAAAGUUCCGGCGGCUCUCGAGCCGCACAAUGUUCCGACAAAUAACGUUCCUCUGCCGGAGCUUUUAGGUACUGCCUAUAACAAUCACGAACCGGAUGCACAGAAUGCUCUAACAUCGCAAGACUUAUUCCAGCUGCUCAAUGGAAUCGCACCACAGGGACAGCAGCAGCCAUUGGUCGACAGCUACGGUGUGCCCAUCGGUCAGCAACCGCAACUCGUUUACCAAACAGCUUUGCCUCAGCAACAGGGAGUGGAUGCACUGUCUAGUUUCCAUACCACGCCCGAUAACGGCCUUCUCCUUCAGGGUGAUUUACAGUCACCUUUCCAUACCUUCAACUAUCCACAUCAGUUUCACACGGUGGAUUCUAACGCAGACCAUUUCGCAAACUCUCAGUCGUACUACAGUGAGCAAGAAGCUUCAGAUAGUAUCCCCAGGGUGACAGUGCUUCGCAAGACACCUGAGUCGCAUGGAAAGCCCUUAGAUGAGCACUCCUCAAACGGGGCUCAAGACGACUCGCUAUCAGAGCAAGAAAGCGCGGAGACGAGUUAUUACAGUGGAAAAGUGGAGUCAGUUCCGGCAAGGACAGACGACUCGGAGACAAGGACUGGCAAUGGAACUCCCUCCUUCUACUCGCAAAUCGGUAGCGGUGGAAGCGGUGUAGUAUCCACCUCCUUUUACACAACACUACCGAGCAAAGAAGUAGCCGACAGCUUGGCUAGUCUUCAAGCUGCAGGCAGCUUAAAUACUAACUCCGCCAACAACAAAAAGAGCACACCGGCACCUAACAGGAACAGCAUCCACACCACUGAUCAGGUAGUGCACGUUGGGGACAAGGUUCCAGAAGGCCAGGAGACGAAAGACGCAAACUCUCCCGCUGACAACGAAAGCAAAGCUGAAAACUCUCAGGAUUAUGAAGAACAUGUCGAGUAUGUGGAAUAUGAGGACGACCCUCCCACAACCGAUAACAAGGACGAAAAUGAUGAUUCAUAUAGCAAUCAUCACACACAGGAUACGUCUGGUCAUCUUCAUAGCAACAAACAACAGUAUUCUGAUUAUUAUCAGCCCAGCUACGACGACAACAGUCCUGAAGAAAAUGAAGACGCCGCGGAACCUUCAUUGGAAUUCGGCGCCAGAAUACGACCGAAACGAAAUUCGAUGAUUUGAUGUCCGUACUGAAAUGAAACACGUUUGCGCAGAUGAAACCAACAAAUCCACGUUCGCUGCCAGCAGAGUGUUUACAGGACGUCAGAACUAUGGGACUCGUUUCGAAAUAUGGACUCUUGACAGCCUCUAUUUAAAAGACUGUUCAAUCCAAGUUUAUUUAUUUUAAAAGACUGUCCUUAAUGGUAUAUA